AUGGCUAGUAUUGCAUCGUCAGCGCUGAGGUCGGCGAGCCGCCUUGGCCCCAGCACGGCUGUCGCUGCGGCGCCGUUGCGAGGAAUUCACAGAGCUGCCCUGGUGGCGGCUACGAGGAGGAGCGGGAGGCGAGGCUAUGUGACCGAGUCCAAGAGAGACAAUGCGCGGGUCGAAACGGCUAUUAAGCUGGACAAGAAGGAUUUUGCAGACAUUCCUCAGCAGAUGGACAUGACCUCGCCUAACAUGAAGGUCAGCCCGAUGGCCGAGGUUCUCAAGACCGCAGCCGUCAUGGAGGAGGGCCAGCGACCCAUCUACCUCGACAUGCAGGCCACCACGCCUGUUGACCCCCGUGUCCUUGAUGCCAUGCUGCCGUUUUACGUCGGCGAAUAUGGCAACCCCCACUCAAGAACGCACGCUUACGGCUGGGAGAGUGAAAAGGCCGUGGAGCAGGCCCGAGAGCAUGUGGCGAAUCUGAUUGGCGCCGACCCCAAAGAGAUCAUCUUCACCAGCGGUGCUACGGAGAGUAACAACAUGAGCAUCAAGGGAGUUGCUCGAUUCUUCGGCCGAUCUGGCAAGAAGAAGCACAUCAUCACCACUCAGACCGAACACAAGUGUGUGCUGGACAGCUGCAGACAUCUGCAGGAUGAAGGGUUCGAGGUUACCUAUCUGCCUGUCCAGAACAACGGCCUGAUCAAGAUGGAGGACCUUGAGGCUGCCAUCCGGCCUGAGACGGCCCUGGUCAGCAUCAUGACUGUGAACAACGAGAUCGGAGUCAUCCAGCCGAUCGAGCAGAUUGGCAAGCUCUGCCGUGAGAAGAAGAUCUUCUUCCAUACCGAUGCUGCACAGGCUGUCGGCAAGAUCCCCAUUGAUGUCAAUGCCAUGAACGUUGACCUCAUGUCCAUUUCAUCACAUAAGAUUUACGGCCCCAAGGGCAUUGGCGCAUGCUAUGUCCGCAGACGCCCGAGGGUUCGGCUCGACCCCCUCAUCACUGGUGGUGGGCAAGAGCGAGGUCUACGAAGCGGUACCUUGGCACCACCCCUGGUUGCUGGCUUUGGUGAGGCAUGCCGCGUUGCCAAGGAAGAGAUGGAGUACGACUCCAAGAGGAUCAAGUUCCUAUCAGAUCGACUCUUGGGUGGACUGCUUGCUAUGGAGCACACCAGCCAGAAUGGCGAUUCGAAUAAGUUCUACCCCGGCUGUGUCAACGUUUCAUUUGCCUACGUCGAGGGUGAAUCCCUAUUGAUGGCCUUGAAGGACAUUGCACUGUCUUCGGGUAGCGCAUGUACUUCGGCCUCGCUUGAGCCUAGCUAUGUGCUUCGUGCGCUUGGGAACAGCGACGAGAAUGCGCACAGCAGCAUCCGGUUCGGCAUUGGCCGCUUUACCACGGAGGAAGAGAUUGACUACGUGCUGAAGGCGGUCAGGGAGCGUGUCACGUUCCUGCGUGAGCUCAGCCCCCUGUGGGAGCUUGUGCAAGAGGGCAUCGACCUGAACACGAUCCAGUGGAGCCAACACUGA